GGCUGUUCGAUUUUGAAUUCUACGUUGAGAAACCGUUUUGUCAUGAAAAUUGCCGAUUCUUAACUAUUCUCAUCACGAAUCUGACCGCCUUAAAACACGGUCGCACCGUUAGUUGGCUCGUGAAGUAUUGCGGGACCGGAAAUCGCACAACUUACAUGCUAAAUGUAAAGAGGAUCACUUUUAGGAGCAUACAUGCAAUAGCAGAUCAUCCAAUUCCAAGCCAUGAGGUGGAUUCGUUGUAACAACUGCUAUGCCAGAGCUGAAGUUGCGAAGGAACCAUUCACUCUGACUAAGUGUGGACAUAUCUAUUGCCAAAAAUGUAUCGGCCAAGCAGAAAAGCAAUGCGUCAUAUGCAAUACAAUCGCUGUGGCUACGAUACGCCUGCAAGAACCAUUGGAACCCCAUAUCGCUUCAUACUUCUCAUCCCUAAGAGAUACCCUACAGCAGAUAGUAAAUAUCGCUACUUUCCAAGAGGAGCAAAAUCGGAUCGUGGCAAAAAGAUUCUAUGAAAUCGAAAAAAAAUAUACAUGUGUGAAACAAAUAUGUGCAAGUAUGGAGAUGAAGAUUGUGAAGCAUAAAGAAGAAACAAAAAAGAUACGCAGAUUAGAACACGAAAAUACCCAAUUAAAGUUGAUUCUUCAAAACAUGCAGAAUAGCCCGUACAGUAAUAUUCUGAGUAACCAAAGUCAGAGUAGUGGUGCUUCUACAUUGAAUCAAUACCCUUAUAAAAAAAGAUACCAGCCAAAUGAUUCAAAGGUCAAUUUUUCUACCCCAUUGAGUACCAACUCGAAUAAAUUCAGUCUGUCAUCUCGUUCAGGUGGGCAGUAUGUUAUGUCACUAUCAGACAGUAACAGAGAGUUUCAAAUUCCGACCACCAAAAAGGUUUUGAGGUCUACAGGGACUGGAUCUUCUGUUGGUUUCACACCAAUGAGCAGAAACCCUGGGUAUUUUGGGUCAAUGAACUUAUCAUAGUCCUAAAACCUCAUCUUCGAAAUAACAAUAUUGUCAUUAUAUUAUUAACAUUCAUCGUGAAACUUGUUCAUACCGAUCAUACAAUUAUCC